AUGAAAUAUAAGACUUCCACACAUAUCAGAUGCUAGCUCACGCUGGUCCCUCCCCUGCCUAGGAUAUUUAAACAACACGUAUCCAUUGGUGACCUGGCUUUCCGAAGCCAUUGAUCUGAACCUAUCUCCAAAGAAGUCAUCUCCCCUCAACGAAGCAAGACAAAACCGCAGCGCAUAACAGGAUGUGUCAAAAAGCGACAAUAAGCAUACUACCCUUCCUAACGCCAAUGCCCCCGGACGAGAUCUUCGACCUGAAUCGUGCCUACGCCAAGGACGAUAGCCCACGCAAGGUGAAUCUCAGUCUAGGAGCCUAUCGCACGGACGACAGCGAGCCUUGGCCUCUGCCAGUUGUACAGGAAGCCGAGAAGCGUCACUUGGCAGAGGUCGACCGAUCUCGGCAUGAAUACACGUCCAUUCAAGGCGACGUAACCUUCCUUGAGCUGGCCAGGGACUUGCUAUUUGGCUUCAGCAGCCACUCCUCAUAUAGCGAGAAGCAAAAUGCAAUCAAAUUGCGCAUUGCCUCCGUGCAGACUAUCGCAGGCACUGGUGCGAAUCACCUCGGGGCCCUAUUCCUGGCAUCACACCUGAAACCCCGAGCCGUCUGGCUCUCGGAUCCCUCGUGGGACAAUCACCAAAGAAUAUGGGAGCUGGUCGGCGUCCCCUGCAAGAGCUACCCUUACUACUCGUCUUCCACUCGUUCGCUCGAUUUCGCGGGGAUGAUGUCCACUCUCGAAUCCGAGGCGCAGGAGCACGAUGUUAUCCUUCUCCAAGCCUGCGCCCACAACCCGACCGGGCUGGAUCCCAGCAAAGAGCAAUGGAAACCCCUGGCAAACUUGAUCGAGUCCAAGCGUCUGUUCCCUUUCUUUGAUUCUGCGUACCAGGGCCUGGUCUCUGGAUCCGCGUACAAGGACAGCUGGCCGAUUCGGCACUUCCUGGCCGAGAAGCCCAACAUAGACUUCUGCGUUGCACAAAGUCUGUCCAAGAACUUUGGCCUAUACGGGCAGCGAGUCGGCGCGUUCCAUUAUGUUCUUGGGGAAGGGAUACGGAAUGCCCCUGAUGUCAUCGUCAACAACCUUUGUCAUCUCAUCCGCAGCGAGUAUUCGGUCGCCCCCACAGCGGGCAGUAGACUUGUCAAGACGAUAUUGUCUAAUUCUGGAAUGAACGUGCAGUGGAAAAGCAAUAUGAGGACGAUGAGUCAGCGUCUGACAGCCAUGCGACAAGCCUUAUACGAUGAGCUGAUCCGGCUCGAUGCACCAGGCUCGUGGCGGCAUAUCGUUGAACAGGUUUGAGUCCCGAUCUUGAUUUAUCCCGACACACGAGCUCUGACUAACCUCCUGUACCUUGUAGAACGGCAUGUUCUGCUACACGGGCCUGAACCCGGCGCAGGUCGAGGUUCUGAAGAUCAAAUACCACAUCUAUUUGCUGAAAUCUGGGAGGAUAUCGAUCAGUGGCUGUAAGUUACACUGCGCCCGAGUCAUCUCUCCUGUCCGAUCACGAGCACGUCUUGCGACCCUUGAUUUCCACGAGUUUUCUAAUUUUUUCGAGGGCAGUGAGCACCAAGAACGUCGAAUACGUCGCUAGAGCAAUCGACCAAGUGGUGAGGACUGUUGAGAGGGUUUAAAGCUUGCAGGUUACCGCAGCAUGGUUCGCGGGCGCUUCUCUCCUCGUCAUCGUCAUAUUGAUCCACUCAGCUCACACGAGAUCCUGUUUCACGACUGACUAGAGUCGGAUUUAGAACCGAGUGUGUGCAACGUCAACAUGAGAAUGCUCGAGUGAAAG